UGAAGACAAUUUUUGUUCUGCUCAGUUCCUGCAGCUAGAGUACAUGAGAUGUGUCCUGGCUGCUCAACUUUAAUUCACCACGACAAUAACGACAUUCAGAAGACUGUGUCCCACUCUCUGGAAAAGUUCAACAAUGAAAGCGAACUCGCCAAUCGUUUUGCUCUCCUCAAAAUCUUCCGUGCUGCAGCAGGGAUGGCCCUGAGUACGUAUUACAAUGUGGAAUUCAGCAUCCAGGAGACCAUCUGCCCCAACAGCGCAGAAGCAACAGCUGAGAAGUGCCCCCUCAUGAACUGCGAGUUCGCCCACAAGGGCUUCUGCAUGACAGCCCUCUACCACUGCCCCACUAAUGAAAUGAUCGACGUAGAUUGUGAGAUCUAUGAGCCUGAGGCUGCUGAGAGAGAGAAGAAGCUCCACCUGCUGGGCGAAGAGACUGACCACAGCCACAAUGACACACACUCACACAGCCACGACCAAGACCAAACACACGACCACGCACACGAUCACACCAAGUGCAGCUCUAAUCAUGGCCACACCAGCAACCACACUGAUGACCGUGAUCACCACCACACACAUGACCAUGCCACAGGCAGCGCCCACAGGCACGCUCAUGACCACUCCCAUGACCACGGUCUGAAUCACGAUCACGUGCACACUCAUCACGACAAGGCACACAACCACAGCGAUGACUCUCCCAGUCACCACCACGACUAUAAGCACGCUGAAGGUGUGCACACACAUGAACAUGACCACGAGCUGGCUUUGGACCAUGACCACAAGCACGGUCACCUGCAUGAACAUGAGUGCUACCACCAUCACUACAAGCAUAUAAAAUAUACAUAUAAAAUAUCCAACGCACUAUCCAGAGCUGAAUGGCUGGCGAACACCAAGAUGGAUGAUGAUGUAAGAGCAUAUGUGAACAUGGUCAUAAGUGCACUUCCUGUUGCAGAAGGGAAGAUGGAGCUCAUAAGAGCAGAGACAAGCAAAGAUGAAACGUUACAAACUCUGCGCAAAACCAUCAUAUUCAAGAGUAUUGGAACUUCAGAGCAGAACUCUCUGUAG